AGUUGAGAGAAACUUCCCCGAAGACUCCAAGCGGUCUUGGAUCUGUAUCUCUUGGUCUGCAACUGGGGAGUGCCCAUCCCUAAACCAGUCACUGGAAAGCCAGUCAAGUGUUCUCAGCUGAGACCUCAGACAAAGACAUCUCGGAGCAGACACAAGCCGGCCCUACUCUGCCCUGUCUGAAUUCCAGCUCUACAGAAUGCUUCAGCAUGAUCAAUGACAAAUGGUCGUUGUUCCAUGACACUAAAUUGCGGAGUGGUAGAUGACCGGAACACACUCCAUGCAUUCGUUCUUCCUUCAAGUUCAUACACUGUUUCAUCAGUAUUUUGUUUUCCGUAUUCCAUUCCAUUUCAUUUUUAUACACUGCCUAUUCCAUCCUUCAUAACCUUGUAUUCUGUAUUUCUUUGUACAUUUCAUUCCAUUCAUUUCUAUUCCCUUCCAGUACUUUUAAAUCUACAGUGCAAAUUUCAUAGCCCAUUGAUUUCAUAACCUUGCAUAUUCUGUUCCUUUCUAUGAUUCUUUCCUAUUUAGAUUUCCUCCUAUUUUCUUUAAUGUUUUGCUUCACUCUAUAUUUCAUUCCAUUCCUUUUCUCAAAUAACAAACAUCACAUACAGAUUUUUAUUUCACAUGCCAUUAGACAUUUAUUUCCAUCCCCUUUUCCAUCCCAUGUUUCUUCAUAGUCCAUUCGAUUUCCAUCCCACUUGAUCUUCCGUUCCCUAUCUUGUUGAAGUCCACACUGCGUUCCCUGUAUCAUUUCAGGUUCCCCUGCAGCCAGUCUCCAUUUUAUCCCUUUCUGCCUUCCUUUUCAAAUCCAUUUUCCAUUCCAUAUUAUUUAACGCUCCCAGUACGAAUUCCAGUCUGUUUUGCAUCGUCUUUUCACUCCGGUUGCUCAUGCGGUCCAACAAACUUCCCACUCCAUUCAGCCCAAAUUGCUAUUACAGUGACUCUGAAGAGCCCAUCUUCAAGGAAUGACAAGUGUGCAUGGCCCGCACCAAGAAUUCCCUCUUCUGGAAAUUUAUUUAAUUUUUAUUAGUUAUAACAAGGACACAAUUGAGGAUAUGAACAGUUUUUAGGAAGAAGGAUGGACCUCGCAGCCACGUGUUACAGAGAGUGAAAAACUAGAUACUGUAUCCAUGUUUGUCGGUCUUGGAAUUUUUGAAAAUGUAAGCUGCUUCUGUGAAGGGAAUAUUUUGUGCUUAAAAAUGGCCUUAAGAAAAUGUAUUUAUUGAUAUGGAAAGAGUGUUUUCUGGACCCCAAAAGCAGGAUACCAAACAAUAUCUAUGGAUAAGUGAUUCCAUUUCAUAAAAUAAGAUAAAGUGAAAUAUAUAUGAAUGGCUUUUCUACUAACGGUGGAGUAAAGAGUCCAAGUACUUUCUUUUCGGUGGGUGAGAAUAUAGGUUUUAGUUUUCCUACACUUGGUUUUCUCUUUAAGGCACUGAACAUGCGACCCUGUGGUAUAUUGAACUUCAUGCCUGUGUACCCUAAGAUAUUUAUAUUGUACUAACAAAAACAAGAGAGAGGGCCAAAUCAGCAGAUUACUAUGCAGCCCAUACAAAUGAUGAUGCAUAUUUGAAGGUAGUACCACCCGUAAUCCCAGGCAAUUGCAGCCCAUGCUUCGGGAGAUCAGGCAGGGGGGGAAGCAUCUCACUGGAUAAUGCAACCCCAUCCCCCUCUGGCACGUGGCAGCAGUGCUGAACAUCCCGAGCCAGGACAGUGUGGGCCCCACCCCUUUCGUCACCUGCAGGCUGCUCUGUGAACAGACCCCGAUGUGAGGCCAUACAGGUGCCCGUAGUGGUUCGGCGACUGUCACCUCUGGGUCAUUCAGGGGCCCAGUGUCCUGACCAGAUUCCAGAAUGGACACCUGGCUCGGGAAUAUCUAAUUGACCAGCAUGGUAUUUCUUUCAAGGGAACAGCAUGACAGUGAGCCAGCAGAGAGGUGCUGAAAAGCUAAGCUGACUUGCGGCAACUAGAAUUGUUUAUACAGUCAAGCCCCUUCAAAACACACCCACGUAGGAGUCCAGGGAAGGAUGGGGGAUUCACGUUUGACUCCCAGAACAGCGGUCUCUGGAGGAGGGUGGGUGCGGGGAGAGGAGCACACCCGCCAGUUCAGCGCUAGAUGGAGCCAGGUUGCGCUCGCUGGGGGUGGGGUGGGGGGAGAAGAGCCACGUGACCUCCAGCUCACCAAUCAGAAGUGGAGACCACACCGGCCCCGCCCACCCUCCUCGCUCUUCCAGCUCCGGUUCUACCCAGGCAGCACCCAUAGCCGCACUCUCCGGACUCUGAGGGAGAACUUGGCAUCAUGGCCACCCCGUCGUGUUGGGAGAAGGAGUUGAAGCAACAGGAGGGUGAGGUGCCCGCAGGGCCGAACAAUGAGGUCGCCCCUGAUCCUGGCGACGCCCGCGGGACCGGCAACCGCAAUCCCGGCGCCUGUGUCCUCACAGUGUCGAGAGACCAGUCUCUGUCAGGUGGUGGCGCCCCACACGUUGGCACAGCAGGUGCCUCUUCCUGUGCGGUGGCCGCACCCGGCGCCAUUUUGAUCGUUGCGGAGGACCCAGGGCCGCCCUCCAUGGACUGUGUGCUGACGAGGGGUCGCCCUGAGCACCAGGGCAGCCCGAGUCCCCUCACGGAGCUAAAAUGUGUGGGGCCCGAGACGAACCAAAGUCUCCAGACGGCGCCUGCGGCGAGCGCAGACGCCAGGGGGCAAGCCACUAGCGGCGCUGGCCAGGCCGGCGGGCGUCCGACCCAGACCAGGAGCCCAGAGAAAGGCCGUGGGCAGAAGCGGCCCGGCGGCGAAGAGGCUGUCGGGGCUCCGAAGCUUCCACGGUGCUGUCUGUUUCCGGGGGCUCCCGAGCCUGAGGGCUCCGCGCCUUUGCCGCCAUCUUCUCCAACGGCUCAGCCCAGCAGCCGUCGCUGCCGCCCCGCACCUCGGGCUUCUCCGUGCAGUCGCGCAUCCCAGCCAGGCCCAGCCCUCGGAAGCCAGGCCCUGCUCUCCGCACCAGGCACUGCACCCCGCAGUCAAGCAGUUAGGCAAGGCCCUGCCUUCCCAAGCCGCACCACUCCGCCAGGCCCUGCAUCCCGCCGCCGUGAACCCGUGGAAGGCCCUGCAUCCCGCCGUCGUGAAGCCGUGGGAGGCCCUGCAUCCCGCCGCCGUGAAGCCGUGGGAGGCCCUGCAUCCCGCCGCCGUGAAGCCGUGGGAGGCCCUGCAUCCCGCCGCCGUGAAGCCGUGGGAGGCCCUGCAUCCCGCCGCCGUGAAGCCGUGGGAGGCCCUGCAUCCCGCCGCCGUGAAGCCGUGGGAGGCCCUGCAUCCCGCCGCCGUGAAGCCGUGCCAGGCCCUGCGUCCCACCGUCGUGAAGCCGUGGGAGGCCCUGCGUCCCGCCGCCGUGAAGCCGUGGGAGGCCCUGCGUCCCGCCGCCGUGAAACCGUGCCAGGCCCUGCGUCUCGCCGCCGUGAAGCCGUGCCAGGCCCUGCGUCCCGCCGUCGUGAAGCCGUGGGAGGCCCUGCAUCCCGCCGCCGUGAAGCCGUGGGAGGCCCUGCAUCCCGCCGCCGUGAAGCCGUGGGAGGCCCUGCAUCCCGCCGCCGUGAAGCCGUGGGAGGCCCUGCAUCCCGCCGCCAUGAAGCCGCUCCGGGUUCUGCUAUCCGCCGCUGUGCAUCCGCGCCAGGCUCUGCUGUCCAUAGCCACGCAUCCGGGUCAGAUGCGGCUCUUCGCCACCGUGCAUCCUUGCCAGGUCCUGCUUCCAGGAGCCGUGCAACUGGGCAAGCUCCUACCUUCUGCAGCCGCACCACCCCGCUGAGCCCCGCCCUCCGCAGCGGGGGUACCACUUCAGGCUUUGUCCGCCUGAGCCGCCCCACCCAGAGAGGAUCAUUGCCUACCAGCAGCCCCUCUCUCCCUGCGCAUGUUGGCCAGAGUCCUCCUUCCCCGGGGUCCGCCUUAGGAAGGCUUGUGUUCCCAAGCAGCUCAGGCUCUUCUGAUCCUGAGGUCCCAAGCCUUCCUUCCCAGCCUUGUUGGCAUGCGGUCCGUAUGCGUGCCUCUUCACCCUCACCACCUGGUAGGUACUUUCCUUUGCCUCCACGGUGUGAUGAGAGUUCCUCUUCCUCCUCCCCCUCCGCUAAUUUUUAUGGCCAAAGCUCCUCUUCCCCUGAGUUUUGUGGCCCUGACACCGACUCCACUCCUAGCCCUGCUAGCCCUAAGCAUGCGUCGCUGCUGGAGUUUGUUGCCCUGAGCCCUGCUUCUCCAGAGGUGCAGGCUGAAAUAGGGAGCGCCCCUUCCACCCCUACAACUCCUGUGCUGUGA